AUGAAUACCCAAGCGGAUCUUUGCGCCGACUGUAGUACAUCGUCCCCAAAAUGGGCGUCUGUCAAUAGAGGUGUACUCUUAUGUGAUGAUUGUAGUUCCAUUCACCGACAGCUAGGAAGACAUAUAAGCCAGGUUAAACAUCUUGAGAAGUCACGCUGGAGGCCGUCACAACUUUCUAUGGUACGCUAUUUGGCGUCUGCUGGUGCAAAUGGGUAUUGGGAACAUGUACUGUACGAACCUAUGCUUGCUGGGUUAAAUUCAGAUAAUCGAUCCAGCAAAGCCUUUCAUCCUCAUAAAAAACCUUUACCUACUGACCCAGUGCAUCCAACCAAAGCUGAUUUUAUACGUGAGAAGUAUUUGUUUUUGGGAUUUUUUAAGAAACCACGAAACGUUAACCAUGAUGAUUUAAACCAGCAACUCCAUGCUAGUGUAAGGACAGGAGUUUUAGAGACUAGUCUGUAUUUACUUGCUUUGGGUGCAAAUCCAAAUUUUCUUCAUCCAAUCAAAGGCACAGCACCUAUUCAUGUUGCAUGUCAAUAUGGUCAAAUUGGUCAGGUAGAAUUGCUGUUAGCUUAUGGGGCAGAUGUUUGUAUUCGUGAUUCAUCUGGAAAAACUGUAAUUGAUUUAGCAUUAGACAAAGCAUUAGCAUUAAAUGAAUCGAUUAUUUCUAAAGAAAAGAUGGCAACAAUGUCAAAUGAAGAGAGGUUACAAUCUGCUUGGUCUUCUAUGGUUGAUGUAUUAGUUUCAGCGUAUUAUGAUUUGACAGAUAGUUUAGCUUAUUUUCUUACACGCCAUGUACCUGAUCAUAAAGCAGCUGUUUUUGGUGGAAUCAAUAAAAAUACAAAUCAUAGUAAUGAACUAUCAGUGAAUAAUAAUAACGGUGAAAUAAUAACAAAUGGUCAUUUCUUAAUUUCAACUUCAUUAAUACAUGAGUCGAAUGGUACAUCAUUGGCACCGAAAUCAACGAAUUUAAAAUUGACUAAUUCCUCUGGACAUACUAUUACUUCUACUGCUACCUCAAAUGUUGAACAAGCAGAUGACCAAGAAGAUUGGAUCAUUAAAGCUAGAGGAAGAUUAAAUAAUCUAUCUAAUAAUGCAUUUAUCGAUUUAUGUAUUGAUGUAUAUGAUGAAGCAGAUCGUCGUUUAACAAAUUCAUUUCUUGAAAAUUUGGAUACAUUUAAUAAUCAGAAACAUUUAAACAACUGUUCAGUAUUCAAUGGUUCUAAUGUUAGCAAGACUGAUGCAGACGACAACAAUGACAACAAUAACAACAACGUCAGCACAAAGAAUGAACUACAUAAUAGUAUAGUUAAAGAGACCAGACCUGACUCUAGACCGUCUUUACAUAAAACAACAACACUACGUCAAACAUCUGCAAUUACUAAUUUAACGCUAUUUUUUCUACCUCCAAAUACAACUUAUUCAUCAGUACGUAAUCAAGCACGUCAAAAAUUAGGUCGACUAUCUACCAUUGAAUUUCAUACUUUAACAUUAGAUGUUCUCACUGAAGCAUCGAUACGUUUAUUGCCAUUAUUUUUACCAUUGACCAAUGUAAUAAAUCCGACUAGUACAGCUGUUACUGCUCCAGCUACAACGACUGUUGAAAUGUCUUUCAAAAAAUCACGAAAAACACACCAUUCGUAUACAGACUAUUUUAAUACAGAUAAACGACAACAAUUAAAUGAAUUUAUUGUUGCACGUCGUAAUGGUCCUUUACCAUCGUUACCAUCACCUAAGACAAAAGAUAAUCAUAUAGAUGAUGUUGGACGUUUACAUAGUACUAAUAAUAGUGAUGGUAGUAGUAGUCCAUGUGAUAAUUUAAAUAAACAAUUGAAUAAUGAAUGUAAUGAUAUUUUACAAGAAACAUUGAUUUCAGAGAAUUUACCAGAUCAUGAAAAUUUACGAUUAGAAAUGUCAUCCUCAUCAUCACCGGUGAAUGCAAAAAGUGAAAUUUUAUUGGAGAAAUUCGUUCGUCCUCGUGAUGACCCUGUAUAUGAUCAGGUGGCUGGUGAAGGUGAUUUAAAUGAUUUAAAUAUACAAACAGUUACAUCUGAUCGUAAUAUACUUUCUGUGGAUAUUGAAGAAAGCAGUUUAAAUAAUCAACAAAAUAUAACAGAAAAUUCAUCAUUUAAGCAUAGUAAUGCUUCAUUAACAGCUCCAUUAUCACCAUCCACUGGAAGAGUAGAGUCUAGUCAUCAUACCCAACAAAUAAGUGGUGGCAAUGAUGAAUUAGAUUCAAUAGGACCAAUACCUCCAAUUACAAGUCGUCCAGGUCCAUUGCCUGGAUCACGUAGGCUACAUUUAUCACAUACUGGUCGUAUAGCUCAGCAUAGAGCUAGUGUACCGACGGCUGGUACUGUCACUACUAAUUCCGAUGUUACUGGUUGUGGUAGUAAUCCUCUCUCUCUAUCCGAGUCAACAAGUAGUAUCGUAAAAUCAUCUGAUUCACCAAAAAAUCUCACAGAACAUUCGUUAAUUAAUUCUCUGAGUGCUGAAAAUUCUAACGAUAUUCAAGAUCAUUCACUUCAGUCUCAUGCACAUCAUCAUCGUCAUCCAGAAUCUUGUUGUGUAGCUGCUCGUAAUGAAGUGGAACGUUUACACAAAGAGAAUAUUGAAUUAAAAGUACAAUUAUCUGAUUUACAAAAUAGUAAAGAUAUUGUAGAACAACGUUUAGAAGAUUUGGAAGGACGUAUAAUUCAAUUAGAUUCUAUUGUUCAAGUUUUAAAAGAGGAAAAAUCUGCCUUAUUAGCGGCUUUUUCAGCUGGUAUGGUUAUGGUUCAUAAUCCAUUAAAAAUCAGCUGUGAUUCAGAUGGUCAACAACUGACCAGCGAAACACCAAUCACAACAACGACAACAACAUCAAUUGGAGUGUAUUCAUCUAAUUUGAAAGCUACUAAAGUUAGUGAAACACCUUCAACACAUUAUCACUGGGACUAUGAAAAAGACGAAGAAGAUGGAAGUAGAGUAUAUGGUGAAGAAAUAACGGAUAAUGGUGAAGAACAUGAUGAUGAUGAAGUUGGUGAAGUGGAUGCUGAACAAUAUAAAGAUGAUGACUCUGAAUAUGAUAUGGAACGAGUUAUUGUCGCUGGUGGCAGUAAUGAUAAAUCUAGUAAUGAAGGUAAUUACGCAAUGGGUUCACAUUGUCUGGAUUCUGGUGUUUUACUUAGACAAGGUAUUAUUCUACGUGGAAGCAGAGGUGGAUCACCAGCAUCUGUAACUGGUGGUGGUGGUGUAACGCAUCAAACAGGUUUCGGUCAUUCUCAUCCUUCUAUAUCUCAAACGAAUUUUAUAACGCCAUCAUUUCGUGGUCUUGUAAAAAGUAAUAAAUUACACAGUAGAAAUAAUGAAGAACUAAAGCAAUCAUUUGUGUUCACUUCAACUAGUCAAAAUGUUGUCUCAUCUGCACCACAAAAUAUUCCAACUUAUGUUAAUACUCCACAUCUUAUUCAGCAUCCUUUGUCCAACUCAAAACCCACCUUAGUAUCGGGUACUUCAAUCACACUUGCUGAUGCUUUAAAUCCUGAUAUACCCGAUGAUUAUACUGCACCUAAUGCUACUGGUUCCCCUUCUCCAGCACCAAUACCGAUCAGUCAAAAUCUAGCGAGUCAGUUGUGUAGUCGUGUUGCAACAACCAGUCCAAAUAUGAAUAUUCCUAAUAGUCAUCAUCAUCGUCAUCAUCAUCACCAUCAGGGAAAAUCAUCACGUCUACUGAAUUCACAUUUGAACAAGCCAACAAUGAUUGAUAGUAAAAAGCCGUUACAUCAUUCAGAAGUUUUAGUAUCUAUAAGUAAGUCGUCUCCAGACUACGAUAACGCUUCUCGUUCAUCCUCAUUAAUACACUCAUCCAAUGAAUCGUUUCAUCAAAUCGAUAAACAUUCUAGACCAGGUGGUGGUGGUGUUGUCGUUGGGGUUAAUGGAGAUCAAGUUUGGAAAGCUCCAACUUCAGAACGAGUUGUCCGAUGCGUUGAAACAAUUAUUAUGCGUAUUCGAAGUUUGGUAGAGAUUGCUAAUGGUGAUCGUCAUGGUAACAAUAGUGCUCAUUGUUCUCGUUUAAUUCAGUUAGCUGUCAAAGACUUAUUAAAUUUAUUCCCUUCUGAUGAAUCUCAUCCAGUGGAAGUGAAAAAUGCAUUAAAUAAUCUUGCCACAGAAUCAGAAAAUUUACGAAAAGAUUGUGAACAAAUCACCGCUUCGUCUUCUUUCACAUCACCUUCUUCUUCUUCUUCCCGGUAUUGUUGGAUCUGUCAGUCAUAGUGGUCGAUCAGUUCCACCGGAGAUCACUAUUCUAAUAC